CUCUGACGGACGCCAUGAUUCUUGUUUUCUUUCAGUGGUUAACAGCUGACACAAAGUGAAUUAGAAACAAAGGAAACACGUAGCUACUCGCACUGGUAUGGUUAUACAGUACUACAGGGAUGCCCAAGGAAAAAUAUGAUCCGCCCGACCCGAGGCGGAUGUACACAAUAAUGUCCACUGAGGAGGCAGCGAAUGGGAAGAAGUCGUACUGGGCUGAGCUUGAAAUUAGCGGUAAAGUAAGAAGUCUGAGCACCUCGUUAUGGACGUUGACUCACCUCACUGCUCUUCAUAUCGGCGAUAAUUCCCUCUCUCGUAUCCCUCCUGAUAUUGCCAAACUUCAAAACCUGGUGUACCUGGACCUCUCAUCCAACAAAAUCAGGAGCCUGCCUGCCGAGCUUGGCAACAUGGUGUCUCUCAGGGAACUUCUUUUAAACAACAACCAGUUGCGUGUUUUACCGUUUGAGCUCGGGAAACUGUUUCAGUUACAAACACUUGGAUUAAAAGGCAACCCACUUGCACAAGAAAUAUUGAGUCUCUACCAGGAGCACGAUGGCACAAGGAAACUGCUCAACUACCUUCUGGACCAUCUGGCAGGGACCAAACGAGUGAACUCGGAUCAACCCCCAUCAAGAUCAUGGAUUGCCCUUGCCGAACCUGACCGGACACGAACAGCAGUCCUGUUCUCCGUGAUGUGCUACAACGUGCUCUGUGAUAAGUAUGCCACACGCCAGCUCUACGGCUACUGCCCUUCCUGGGCCCUGAAGUGGGAGUACAGGAAGAAGUCCAUCAUGCAGGAGAUCAUAAACUGUAAUGCUGACAUCAUCAGCCUACAGGAAGUGGAAACAGAGCAGUACUACAACUACUUCCUACCAGAGCUAAAGGAGCAGGGUUACGAGGGCUUCUUCAGCCCCAAGUCCCGAGCCAGGACCAUGUCAGAGUGCGACCGCAAACACGUGGACGGCUGUGCUAUAUUUUACAAAACCGAGAAGUUUAGCCUGGUGCAGAAACACACGGUGGAAUUCAACCAGCUGGCUAUGGCCAACUCUGAUGGCUCUGAGGCAAUGCUCAACAGAGUCAUGACCAAGGACAACAUUGGCGUUGCCACACUUCUAGAGGUGCGCAGAGAGACGAUUGAGCAGUCUGUUGGGAAGUCUCUGCACAGAAUGGAGAAACAGCUCCUCCUGGUGGCCAACGCCCACAUGCAUUGGGACCCAGAGUACUCCGACGUCAAGGUGGUCCAGACCGUUAUGUUCUUAUCCGAGGUGAAGAACAUUGUGGACAAGGCCACGCGCAGCCUUAAGCUCUCCUCCUUAUCCGGAGAGACCAACGCCGUCCCGCUUGUCUUGUGUGCCGACCUCAACUCCCUGCCCGAAUCUGGCGUGGUGGAGUAUCUCAGCUCGGGCGGUUUGGAUAGCACCCACAAGGACUUCAAGGAGCUGCGCUACAUCGACAGCCUGACCAACUUCAACUGCAACGGCAAGAACGGCACAUCCAGCGGAAGGAUCAGCCACGGCUUCAAGCUCAAGAGUGCCUAUGAAAACGGCCUGAUGCCGUACACCAACUAUACCUUCGACUUCAAGGGCAUCAUUGACUACAUCUUCUACUCUCAGCCCACACUCAAUGUAUUGGGAGUCCUAGGACCCCUGGAUCCUCAAUGGCUCCAUGAAAACAAUAUCAACGGCUGUCCACAUCCCCACAUCCCCUCUGACCACUUCUCCCUGUUUGCUCAAUUAGAGCUGCUCCUUUCCUGCCCAUCCUCAGUCAACGGAAUACACCUGGCAGGGCGCAGGUAGUCCUCGAACCACAAUAGGGAGCUGUCACUCCGAAACCGGUUCUAACUCCACCCCAUAAUGUCCAUAAAGAAACACUAUAAUGAUGUGAAACACAAAAGUACAGCAGGGAAUGGCCAAAGUUUUACAUGGAUUUUAACCCAAGCGACAGCUCACAGCAAUCUCGACGUUAAGUCUUUACCACUGCUUUUCACACUAGAAUCCAGUUUGAGGUCCAAGAUGUUUUGUUUAUUUAGGUAACCUACAGAUCCUUUUUUUUUAUUGUAUUGUGUGGCAGUAACCAUAAGAUUCACAGGUAGUGCAUACACCUGGGAGAUUGGUCAAUUCCACAGAAACUGAGUGACACUGAGACUCCAGUUUUUACUUAUAAAUUGCAUUCAGAACAAAACCCAGUGACUGGAACAUUAAACAAACCACUCAACUAUAUGCACAAGUACCACUUUUAACAAGUUUCCACUCAAGAUUGUGCCAAAAUGUACUUUCCAAAACGGCACAGAUGCAAAGUUUGGUUGUGGUAACAGAAUGAGGGCACAAGACUCCUGUUUGCCAAACUUUGCACCGGCAGGGUUAUUUCACUACAUUUAGUAGUGGUGUGGUUUGUUUGACUUGACAGUCUUGGGUUUUGUUGGACGUACAUUCUAAAGUAAAAAAAUAAAAAAGGUUUUGUUACUAUUUUCAAGGGAGGCUGUCACACUGUUUAUCAUGGAAUUGCCAGUAGUUUUCCACCUCCCAUCUGUGAGAUAUGUAGGUCCUUUCACCACAGUCCAGUAACCAAUCAACUACAAAAAUCAACAAGGCCAAUAUAGCAGCAUUAUCCACAGUCAGUGUCAGCCACUACAACUCCAAAUCCAUUCCCCCACCUUGCCAUAUCGUCCUAUGAAGUUGAAUAGCAGAGUUUGGGGAUGUUAGAGAGAGCAGGCCAAAUGU